CAUUGGAAGGUGAAGUCUUAACCACUGGACGGCCAGGGAAGUCCCUAGCAAUCUUGCUUUAUGGGAGAGGAAACUGAGCCUAGAAAGGCAAAGUGACUUUUCUGCUUCUCUCAGCUUUAUUUCUCUUCAUCCUCUGAAAUGUAGAGCCAUACAAUUCAGUUCAAAGCAAGUCUGUGCAGUGGAUAAGCUUUUUGUUGUUUUUCUGAACAAUUUUUUUUUGACUUUCAACUUUUUUUUUUUUUAAAUAAAAACAGUACAUGCUCGUUGUAAAGACUUCCGUUAAUACAGGAAGUGAAAAAAGUAAAAACUGCAAAUUGCUGUCAUCCUCCUGUCCUUACCCUUUGAGUCCUUAGGGGUGUCUCCUGUUAACAUUUUAGUGGUAUUCAUCCUGACCUAUCUGAUGAACCCACAAAUAUAUAUGUGUGUCCCCCCAUAGGAUUAUAAUAUCAAUGAUUCAGGCACAAACUUUAGAAUCAGACAUACCUGGGUUCUAAUCCCAGUUUAUAGCUAAUUAGCUGAGUGGCCUUGUUACUUGGCCAGUUUUAGUCUCAGCCUCCUCAUGUAUAAAAUGGGAGUAAUAAUAUCUACUUAUAGGACUGCAGUGAAGAUUUAAGGAGGUUUUGUAUGAAUAGCACUCAGCUACCAGUGCCCGAUACACAGUCCCACCUCUGUGGAAGAGCCCAACGAGACAACAUGCCUCCCAAGAAGCCUGAGCCUAAGAAGGAAGCGCCCAAGGCAGCCUCAGCCCCAGCCCCGGCCUCGGCCCCACCUCCCGAGCCUCCCAAGGAACCUGCCUUUGAUCCCAAGAGUGUAAAGAUAGACUUCACUGCUGACCAGAUCGAAGAGUUCAAAGAGGCCUUUUCAUUGUUUGACCGGACCCCUACUGGAGAGCUGAAGAUCACCUACGGGCAGUGCGGGGACGUGCUGCGGGCCCUGGGCCAGAACCCCACCAACGCCGAGGUGCUGCGCGUCCUGGGCAAGCCCAAGCCGGAAGAGAUGAACACCAAGAUGCUGGACUUUGAGACGUUCCUGCCCAUCCUGCAGCAUAUCUCCCGCAACAAGGAGCAGGGCACCUACGAGGAUUUCGUGGAGGGGCUGCGCGUGUUUGAUAAGGAGAGCAACGGCACGGUCAUGGGCGCCGAGCUUCGCCACGUCCUCGCCACCCUGGGAGAGAAGAUGACUGAGGCUGAAGUGGAGCAGCUGUUAGCAGGGCAGGAGGAUGCCAAUGGCUGCAUCAAUUACGAAGCCUUUGUCAAGCACAUCAUGUCUGGGUGAAGCAGACCCCUCCAGGGUGCCUGGCCCAUGGCCUUAGCCCAGGUGAGUUAACGAGAGGCCCAGAGUGACUGAGCUGGAGUUGGAGUCCUGGACUCUCCACUGCACCGCAGCCCCGAGGACCUCAUGGGCCCAUAGCUGUCCCCGUAAAUAAACAGCUCCGGCAAGGUUGUGCCGAGUUCCCUGA